AAAAAAUUGUAAAAAUUAAAAUAUUACCAAAUGAGUUAGCUAAAAAGAAUAGUAUUAGUUACAGGUUCAAACAAAGGUUUAGGAUAUGGCUUGGUAGAAGAUUUAUUAUCAAAGCAUUCAUAAAAGUUUUCAGUAAUUAUGACAGCUAGAGAUGAGCAAAGAGGCUCUUAGUCUUACCAAAAGAUUAAAGAAAAAUUCCCAAACGAAUAGGUAGACUUUCAUUUGCUAGAUGUUGAAGACCAAUCUUCAAGAUAAAACAUAUUGAAGUAUGUUUAAAGUAAGUAUGGAAAGCUUGAUGUUUUAGUUAAUAAUGCUGCUUAUAUGCUACCUUAAGAUUUGCUCACAAAGACAAAAACAUAUCAACCAACUGUAGAGACAGCCAAGAAAACUCUAAAUAUCAACCUCUUUGGAGCAAUCGAGUUAACUGAAUCUUUAUUACCAUUGGUAGCAGAAGAUGGAAAGGUGGUACAAGUCAGUGCUUAAGUUGGCCAAUUCUAAUUUUAGCCUUAACAAACUCAAUAGAAACUUACUACUUUAGAAACUAAAGCAACUGUUUAUGGUUUAGCUUAGGAUUUCAUAUAGCAUUGCUAAAAUCCUCCAGAUGCAUAAAAUUUAAGAUGGUCUAAUAGUGCCUACCAAGUGUCUAAGUGUCUUUUAAAUGCCUACAUUAGAAAUGUAGCAAAAUCUAUAUUAAAAAAGAACUAAUCUAUGUAUGCAGUUCAUCCAGGUUGGGUAAAAACAGACAUGGGUACUUAAAGAGCUCCUCGUACUGUUGAGUAAGGAAAUGACACUUCUUUAUUUUUAAUAAGUUAGGUUCCUUUUGGCUAAGAUGAUUAAUUUAAUUUAAAAUUAAUUACUGAUAGAAAAGUAAUUCAGUGGUGA